CUUCCGCCUUCGUGCCACGUGACGCAGUUUUCACUCUAAAAUCUCGCGACAACAGUGUGUGACGUCGUCAGUAAAGAAAGGAUUUGCAAAUGGAGAUGGCGGAGGUUACUCUUUAAGCACAUAAAGGUAUUCCAGCUUUAUCCAGCCAUGUCUGAAUCUCUGUACGAGAAGUUUCUGGCUCCAGAAGAGCCCUUUCCCUUGCUCUCUCAGAGAGCCAACCUCAGUGAUGUGGGAACCUUAGAUGUUAGUGAUUUCAACUGUCAGUUGUCAUCUUGUCACAGAACUGAUCCAUUACAUCGUUUUCACAGCAACAGGUGGAACCUCACCUCCUGUGGGACCAGUGUAGCGAGCUCAGAGUGCAGUGAGGAGCUUUUCUCCUCCGUUUCUGUGGGCGAUCAGGACGACUGUUACUCUCUGCUGGACGACCAGGAGCUCACGUCGCUGGACCUGUUCCCUGAAGGCAGCGUUUGCAGCGACGUCUCCUCCUCCAUCAGCACCUACUGGGACUGGUCUGACAGCGAAUUCGAGUGGCAGCUGCCAGGAAGUGACAUCGCCAGCGGCAGCGAUGUUCUCUCUGACAUCAUCCCGAGCGUGCCGAGUUCACCCUGUUUGUUUUCCAAAAGGAAGCCGAAGCCCCACCCCCACCGCAACCUGGAUGAACUUCCAUGGAGCGCCAUGAGUAACGAUGAGCAGGUGGAGUACAUUGAGUACCUGAGUCGGAAGGUCAGCACGGAGAUGGGGCUGAGAGAACAGCUGGACAUUAUCAAGAUCAUCGAUCCGUGUGCUCAGAUCUCUCCCACCGACAGCGAGUUCAUCAUCGAGCUCAACUGUCUGACCGACGAGAAACUCAAACAGGUGCGUAACUACAUCCGGGAGCACGGCCCCAGGCAGCGGGCCAGCAGCACCAGGGAGGGCUGGAAGCGGAGCAGCCACAGCAGCGCCAGCACGGGCGGCGUCAGCGCGGUCAGCAGCAGCAACGCCAGCAUGGUCAGCUCAGCCAGCUCUUCCACCGGCUCCACUGCCUCCAACUCUGUGGCAGGUGGUCCAGCCUCGGCCUGCAGUGGAAGCAGCGCUGCUAAUAUCAGCAGAGCUCACAGCGACGGAAACCUGUCCAGCGCUGCAGAGCGAAUACGAGAUUCCAAAAAACGCUCAAAGCAGCGCAAACUCCAGCAGAAAGCUCUGCGCAAGCGGCAGCUGAAGGAGCAGCGGCAGGCGCGGAAGGAGCGCCUGAGCGGACUCUUCCUGAACGAGGAGGUGCUGUCGCUCCGGGUGACGGAGGAGGACGACCACGCCGACGACCUGGACAUACUGAUGUGACAGCAGUGAACCAGUCAGUGCUCCCUCUGCGCCUGCUCCCCCCGCCGCCGCCGCCAGACCACUGCGCGCCCUCAGCCUGUAGCCUCGCUUUACGUGCUGAUGUUAGUGCAACACACAAGUGCUUUUAGUCCUACUUAAUCGCUCUGCUGUCUGUCAUGAAGCUGAAAUGCUGCUGGAAACUCUCCAGACUGUAAAAACUUAAAAAAAAAAAAAAAGGCUUUUGACCAUCGCUCUCGAUCAACCCAUGACCUCCAGAAGGACAGAUCAGACCAAGGAAAGGGAGCAGAAUCCUUUCAUUUGAGGCUUCAGCUGUACAUGGUCGGGAUUUAAGCGCGUCUUACUUCAACGGACGACAGAGCAGGCUGAUGGUGGGAGCUGUUUCUGGUCUGUCUCUCCAUCCGCUGAACGUCAUGGCUCCAUUUCAUCAAGGCCUGGAGGGAGCACUGAAAACUGCAUGAUCAGAUCGACUGCUGGUGUGGUCGGGCAAUGCAUCACUACAGGCGUAUUCCUGUCAGUAAAACCCAUCCAUGAUGUAAAUAGGCGACAGAUACUCUAACUACUGCUUGCUUUCAAGUCGACGGAAGGGGUUUAAGUUUUCCGUUUGUGUGAAACUGAUUCAGGAUUGUAAAAGAAAUGGGUCGUCGCAGCUUAAAGCCUAAAAUUAUUUCCUGUCGUUUGAUUCUUUUUGUGUCACUAAAGUUUUCUUUGUGAACACUCCUACUUAAAUGAAUUGAUUGCCGUCAGCAUUAUAACCAUUUUUUUAAAGUCUUAUUAGUUUUUCAGAGGUGGUUGUAGCUGUGAACUUCAGUUUAGUCUGUUGAGGUGACGAAUCGCCACUAAAGUUUACCGUAAGUGUAGUUUUUGUUUGUUUUUCCUCCUUUUUGUGUUGCUUUACUGGUUUUAAGAACAGCUUGAAUCGACCACUGCAGUUGCUGACCUAAAACUUCUAUUAUAAAUGUGCUGUUGAGUGUAUAAAGCUAACUAUAUUGUAAAAAAAUAAGAAGAAGCAGCUUUAACCUUUCGCUAGCAAUGAACUACUACAUUUCUAUUUUGAAAACAGAUCAUUUUUGAAGAAAAAAAGCAGAUGAAAUCUCGUGUGAUGAAACAUUUGUGCAACUAAGAAGGAGUUAACUAACGAGACCCGCGCCAGUGAUGCUGCACUACAACUAAACACUGUAGAGACGAGACUUGGACCAUCAGCAGAUCAGUUUCUGUGUAAUAUUUCCCAUGAACCACUGAUGUUGCUUGUUGUUGGAUGGGAGUCCAACCAGCUGUUCUGAGGAGCUGUAAACUUGACAAAUAAACUAAGUUGUACCCUA